GUGCUGGUGCUGCCGCCGAGCGCGCUUGAGGGCGCUUGCGAGACGGCGGUCUUCGGGUACUGGCCGUUCGGGCUCGUGGUGUGGUCGUCUUUCUCCGUGGUGAUCGGCCUGAUCGUGGAGCUGGAGUCGGCCGACGAGCCUGAGGUUCUCGAGAUCCACGGUACCGACGGUGUGGAGGUGCAGCUGGUGGGCUGCGAGAGCGGCUACGCGUGGGCCGUCAUCGGCCCGGACCUGAGCCUCGAUCUGAUCUGCGUCAAGGCGAAGAUCGCGAUCUUCACGGACCCAGUGGAAAGGAUUCGCUGGCGGCCGAUGCCUCUGCUAUCGUCGGUGGAGAGGGACACCUACAGGAGCCAGUUGACGGUGGGCUUGCGAUUUUUGACGAUGCCGGCGUUGCCCCUAUACCGCCCCAGCAGGUGUGGUCAGCGGGCGAUGGCGGUGAACGUGUUGCAUGCCGUUUUCCAUUCGGAGGUUUUGUCUCUCCCGACGCUGAGGAGCCCCGAGCUCUUCCUGGGUGUGCUGGCCGCGUUGUUCGUAUUGUCCGAGCCGAUGGUGGUGCUGGGUGUGAUCGAGUACCCGAAGGAGUUGGGUGCGUACACGAUCCGCAACUGGGUCACGGCCAAGCAAGGCCAGGACGGGGGAGAUCACCGAAUUCAUGACCCCCGCGGCCGCGCGGAUGCCGGGGGCAACAAGCUGGUGAUCGAGGGCAUGAUCGCCCGUCUGGACCUGUUCGAGGGCCACCUGAAGGAGGAGGCCCCUGCGGAGGGGAGUGUCGUCGAGAGUGCGGCUGCGAUCGAGGGGGCGUUUGCUUCGCCCCCCGCAGUCGUCGCGCCCGGGUCGCCCGCCGCGACCAUCCCCACCACAGCGAUGGAGACGCCAUUGAAGCGAGCUGCCACCUCCCAGCCGGGGGUCGUCGGGCUUGCCGUCAAGCGGAUGCGCUUCGAGGGCCCGAUGCCGCAGCUGGUGCGCAAGUGGCAGCUGGACGAGUACCAGGAAAUCAAGCCCGAGGAGUGGAACCGCCGCAAGCCCGAGGGUUACCGCCUUCGGGUCUCGGCCGAGGUGCUGUCGGGGAUCUACUCAGCGAGGAAGACGGCCGAUGCCUGGGCGCGCGACUUCAUCCAGAACCGUGGGCUGAACGAUGGCAACAUGGCGCGGGAGGUGAUCACGGCCUUCGCCGCGGUGGACACGCCGGUGAUGACCGACCGCCAGAAGGGCCUCCUCAACCUGGUGAGCUUCGAGCGGCUGGUGCGAAGGGCGUGCGCUAUCGUGAUGGUCGACCGCAACAUCCACAGCCGCGACGACGAGAGCCGUCUCAAUGUCACCGACGAGAGCACUAUCCGGGUGAUGAUCGCCGAGGAAGAGAUGAAGAAGGCCAUGGGUCGCGACGCGCAGCCGAUGAAGGAGGAGAUGGAGCGGGGCGAGACGGCGAACCGCUCUCUCUUGGCGUUGCGGCAGCUCUACCGUGGGAGUCGGGACGACAGUCCACUGGGCCUGGCCGACUGCUGGUGCCCGGGGAUCGCGUUCGACAACUUGGACGGGGGCCUCUCUCGGCGGGUGCUUGGAGAGGUUGGUCACCAGUCGCCGCCGUCGACUACGCCCUCACAGGGAGCCGCGCCCCUGCGGCUGUGCCUUGCCGCCGCUGCGGCGGGCAAUCAGCCCCAGUCUACCUUCAGGCAGAGGGUGGCCGAACUUCGGAGGAGGAGUGCUGGCAGGAGUGGACGGCUGCCAGACAGGGGCGAGACGUUUCCAGAUCAAUGGUAUCGAGUUGCCCCACCUCCGCCGGGGACCAGACCUGCGAGUGCGAGGUCGGUGUCGCCUCGAGCGGCACAGAAGUUGGAGAUGUUCAGGGAGGAGAUGUUGAGGAAGGAUGGCGGGGCUUGCGUUCAGGCCCGCCAGAGACGCAACAACGUGGACCUGCCCUUCCGCCAGAAGACGAAGACGUUGCAGCUGGCCCGAAGGAUGGCAUUAGCGGGCAUGGUGUGCCGCGCUGCAGAGAAGGUGGACGAGGUCGGGCUCUGUCACGUUGCGAAGAAGGCGGAGCCUGUGGAGAACGAGCCCGAGGUGACGCUGAGGGCGACGCCGUUCCUGGACGUGUCCGAGGAGAAGAAGGAGGACGACAUGAGCGUGCAAUUCGGCACGUGCGAACUCCCCGACUUCUACUACACGGUGGAGUUGGGGGAGGAGCUGGCGCCAUACUUCGGGAUUCACAGCGCGUCGGGCGACGCGCUGGACGCGCUGCCCCCCGAAGGCUCGCCAUGGCCUGGGGGCGGCCCCUGCGCCGGGGCGAAGGUCUCUUUGAUGGGCUCCACUCGGGCGUGCUGGACCGCGCAGACUACCGUGGAGGACCUCUUCCACGCUGGGCCCCAGGAGUACAUCGACGACUUCGGUGUCCUGGGCUUGGGCUUUCGGACCCAGCCUGGCCGGGAGGCAGUGGCGACGGUGGAGGAGGUCUGGCUUGGUGCCAAGGAGUUGGUGGUCGUCGCGGGCUUCAAGGUGCACGAGGAUGCCUGCUCGAAUUAUGCUCGCAUGAUUGGUAGCGACCUAUGGGGAACCCGUCUGGCGCCGAAUCAGGACAAGACGGGGGUGGCGGUCUUCGGCGCACGGGAGAUCCUGACCCACAAGUGGGAGCUGCCCGACACGGGCGCGCGCGUCUUCGCGGACGUGCACUCGCGGCGCAUGGAGUUCCGGCGGGGAGCUCGACACGAGGUCCUACGGGAAGUGCUGAGGGAGAUGGCCGCGGCCGCAGCGAUAGCGCCGCUGAUCUCGGGGGGCCUCUCGACGCCCUGGGGCCCGACGGUGGCGAUGUUCGACGCGAACCUCUGCGGCGGCGCGCUCAUCUCGACGGCGGCCACG